GAUGUUUGUUAGUUGACUUCGAAAGUUCGGAGCGUUUGCACGUAUUAUCGUGAGAAUCGUACGUUCGAUUUUUGUACCUCAAAACAUUCCAUCACUUUUUGUUGCCCAAAAGUUGUGACACAUACCAAGUGAAGUUUUUUUUCGGCAAAAAAAACACAACCUUUUGUGGACAGUAUCAUUAUACGAGGACGAAGGUGUCACUGGUGGCAGAGAAAUAAACAAAAAAAAUAAUUAGGCAAAAUACUAAUUAAAGAUAAAACAAAGAUAUUUCCAUAAUCUCUACCGCGUAUCGGUCAAUCGGACACUGUGUGACAUACCAUGCUUAAAAAUUCAUUGUAAAAAAUAAGAGAGAUAUCCACGAAAUAGUUACUGUGUCUUGUGCAAAUAAUUAGAAUAGUAGAGUCACUAAGAUUCUACAACUCGAUGGAGGUUUAAAGUGAUGUAGUGUUUAGUUCCUAGUUAACAAAUGAGAGAUACCUAGCUAGCUAAUAGCAAAGAGAUUAAAAAAUUGAUUGUGGCACAAUUUGGUAAUAAAAAAGGAUAGACCACCCAAUUGAAGGAUUGCCAAAAAAAAACAAUUGUCACACGCAAUAACGAAUCCAAAGAUCGUCAGCCAGUUGAGGAAAUUCACAACGAGGGCUGAUUCGUUGAUUGUUGCAAAAGGAAAAAAAAACAGAAGAAGUGGAACCAGGCAUUGCUCAUGGGUGCCCACUAAUUGACAUUUUGAUUUCAACGCACUUUGACCUGAGAGAUCAAUUUUCAAUUUAUACGGUUGCAUCGUAUCCAACGCCAUAUAGAACUUUCUGUUUGUUUCAUUUAGUUCUGUGUAUGUGUGUGACUCUUUUUCUUUUACGUUUUGGGACAACAAAAAAAAAAACAUAGUCACAUUACAUUUCGUUUUGGGCUUUUUAAAACAAUGAUUAACUUUUUUCACAUUUCGUGCUAUCGCAAGGAGGAAAUGUGAACUCAUUUGAAUUUGUAAUGAAUUAAGCAAAAUUUGCAUCUCACACACUGUGGCAAGCAUUGGAGUGCUACUGGACAUUUCGUAUACCUGCAACGGGUGUGCAUGACAAGGAGUUGACCAAAAGUCCAAGAGUGGAACAUGCGAAGGUAUUCCUGCACCCUUUUGCUGUGACUGGACCAACCGAAUUUGACGAUCGGUGAUCCAGUUUUGUGACAACAAUAGAGGGAACAAAAAGUGUGGAACAAAAGCCAUUUCCUGGGGUGCCGACUUACAAUUGAGAAAGAGUGACAAGGCAAGGGAGUUAGGCUAUUGGCUGAGGACUUUGCACGAUCGUUAGGAGUGUGAAAUUUGGUGCCGUGAUAUCAUACUAGUGGUGGUCAGUUGCUAUGACAUAAGAGGGUGUUUGGACUUUGACGUGAACAAUCAGAAACCUGAGCCCCAACUUGGAGCCCUACCCCGCCAGCGUGGAGGGGCUAAACAGCCCUAGAGCGGUGGGGAUGGCCGCCGCCACGUACAUGACAACAUCAGCCGGGGAUUUGGAUAUGGCUCUUGGGGGUGGAUAUCAUACGUCCUCACCCAGGAGUGCUACGGAUGCCGGUGAGAUGAAGUAUAUGCAACACCAUCAUCAUCACCAUCAUCAGGUGCCGUCCAGUCCGAGUCCCAAUACGGGAGGUCUGGGAGCUGUGACAACGGGUCUGGGUGGGGUUGGUGGUAAUCCUUGGGCAGCCCUGCAUCCUAGUGAUCCAUGGGCUCUUCAGUCCCAUCAUUCGCACCACCAUCCAGCCGAUGUAAAACAGGAGAUGCACUUGUCUCAACAGUCCAGGGCGCAGCAGGGUAUGGCCUCCCCGCACGCCUGGCAUGCCCCUGUCCAUGCCUCUGCCCAUUACGCCCCGACGGGCGGUUCACCCCUGCAGUACCACCAUGCCGCAAUGAAUGGUAUGCUCCAUCAUCCGGCUCACCCGCACCACCAGGGCAGUGCUCCGCUCCACCAUGCCCUGCGCGGCGGCGAUUCACCUCAGCUGCACCUGCACCCGCAUCACCUCCAGGGCGAUCGUGACGUGAGCGCCGGCGAGGAAGACACCCCCACGUCGGAUGAUCUCGAGGCAUUUGCGAAGCAAUUUAAGCAGAGGCGGAUAAAACUGGGCUUCACGCAGGCGGACGUCGGGCUCGCCCUGGGCACCCUCUACGGUAAUGUGUUUUCACAGACAACGAUAUGUCGCUUUGAGGCUCUUCAGCUGAGCUUCAAGAAUAUGUGCAAACUGAAGCCACUGCUACAGAAGUGGCUGGAGGAGGCGGACUCCACCACGGGUUCGCCGACUAGUAUUGAUAAGAUUGCAGCUCAGGGGAGGAAGCGGAAAAAGCGAACGAGUAUUGAGGUGUCGGUGAAGGGGGCGCUUGAGCAGCAUUUCCACAAACAACCGAAGCCGUCGGCGCAGGAGAUAAGCUCACUGGCGGACUCGCUGCAGCUAGAGAAGGAGGUGGUGCGGGUAUGGUUUUGCAAUAGGAGGCAAAAGGAGAAGAGGAUGACGCCUCCCAAUACGUUAGGGAAUGAAAUGAUGGAUGGCAUGCCGCCGGGACAUAUGCAUGGCGGUCAUGGUGGCUACCAUCCUCAUCACGAUGUCCACGGGAGUCCCAUGGGGACACAUAGUCAUAGCCACAGCCCACCGAUGCUAAGUCCGCAGAAUAUGCAGAAUGCCGGCGGUCAUCAGCUUGCGGCUCACUAGCAAUCCGAGAACCAGGAGUCCACUCCAGGCGACUCGCCACCGUCAACUGCGGCAGCCACCACAACGGCAUCCCCAACACCGCCACCGGCCUCCUCCAUCGGCCCACCGCCUCCGCAGAUGACAUUUAGUACCUCGCGCCAGCAUCAGAUGGCUAGCGCCGCCGUGGCGGCAAUGUACAUAGACCACAGGUAUCCGCCGUCGGCGUCAGCGCCACCACCACCCCCGCCAUCUCAUCUGUCCAGUCAGCAACCCCCGUUGCACCACCAGCUCAUGAUGCCGCCCCAGUCUACUUCCACCUCACCUACGGCGGCCCAUCUUAUGGCCAACCAUCAGCAGCAGUUGCUACAUGCAGCUGCUGCAGCCGCUGCCCAACAGCAGCAUCAGCAGCAGGAGCACGGAGGACAACAGCAACAGCAGAAUCAGCAACAGCAAUUUCACGCGAGACGCCUAUUCCAGGAGUGGACCCUGCAAUUUGGCACCGCAGCCGCGGCCGCUAGUGCCGCCAACGGUGUCCACCAUCGACACUUCACCAACUUUAGCAAUUCGGGUGAAUAAUCGAUGGUACAGUAGGUGCAAACGUACCCCCCUUAAUAGCCUACAUCUCACUGCAACAUCUCUAACAUCCCAGUGACUCUGUCGAGACAUCGUGGUGAAGACAAAUCCAAGUGGUAGUUUAAACUAAAAAAAAAGAACACCAGUGAGAAUUUAAAAAAAAAUUAUGUGAAGAAGUGCCCGAGCCCAGGGUAAUUCUUGUGCAGAGAGCUAGAGAAAGCAUGAGGGUGAGGACGAUCUAUAAAAAAUUGAUUAAUAAGACUAUGAACCAAAUAAACAAAUAUUUGAAUUGAUACAAAAAAAAAACAAGUAAAAACGCGCCGUCAGGUGUUUAGUACAAGUGAUAUACAUUAAAAAAUACACUAUAAUUAAAUAAUGAAAAAAUGAAAUACUUUAAAUAAGUACAUAACAUAAUAUAUUAUUAAUUAUUGUGCGAAUGUUCUGUAUAUUUCAAAUAAUCUCUCCUCCACACAUUCACACCACAAAUAGAAGAAAAAAAAAUGCGAUGUCUUACAGAAAAAAAAGAUACAUGAAAAGGUGUUUGCGAAAAGCAACAAAUUAAUUCGUUCCAAUUUAUUGACGACUUGCGAUUUCAAUGUGAGUAUCUUCUCAAAUAAUUUUUUUUUAUAUUGACUUUAGUGUUUUAACAGCGCAGAAUGCAAAAAAAAAAAGUUGCACCGUGAAGGUAUCCUCCAUUGCAUUUUAUUUCAUUGACACGCAUUCUUUGCAUUGAAUCUGGUUCAUAUUCCAAUUCAGUUUUCUGAUCCCUUUUCAAAAGUAAAUUAUUUAGAAAAUGGAAAAAAUAGCGAAAAGUGGUUUUAAUCAUUUGAUUUCCGAUUUCUUUUGAGACAUUCCUGGAAUUGUAAAUCGGUUAAAAAAAAACGAAAGACACAUUUAUAAUUUUUUAUACUGAUAUUGAGAUUGAUUUUUACGAGGAAAAUUCCAUUUUUAUGGAUUUUUUUUUUCAACCAACACUCCCGCUGCAUAUUUGAUUCUGCGCUGUGGUUGAUGUUGUUUUUAUUCACUACAAAUAUUGUGACGUGAAAAGUGACGAGAGAUCAAAAUUGAGAGUGAAAAUUGGCUUCAAAACUAAUUUUUCCUAUAUUAUUAUGAAAAACAAACUUCUUCAGAUGACACUAAAGAAAAAAGACACUCACUGUGAAAAUUAGUUUGUUGCUCAUUGAACCAGAGAAUUGAAUUGAAAGUUCAUAGUUGAUUUUGUGCCCGAAAAUAGGAUUUAAUUUUGGUAUAAAAUGCAUAACUUUAAUGGGCAGAAUGCAUUAAAUUGUAAUGUUUAAAAUUAUGUAUUAUUUAUCAGUUACAACGGGAAACUCUUGAAUUUUUGGGGUUUGACAUUAAAUGUCACCCUUUAAUGGGUAAAAAUCAUAGAAUUAGGGUUGCCUGAUAUAUCGGAUAUUUAAGGGAAGAUUUUGAUCAAUCCAAUUUGAUAAACAUGUCCAUUUAUUAGGAAAUUUUAUACUAUCAAAAGAUUUUUACAUUUGGGCGUUAAAACAUAUUCCUUGUUCUCUGUAUUAAUUUUCAGAGUGUCUUUAUCUUUAAAGCAAAAAUAGUCCUCUAGAAACUUUCCUAUGAUCUCAUUCAGAAUUGAGCAAAAAGUGGUGUCUAUCCUCGAUACUUCAAUCACAGACUUGUCAGGUUUUUUUUUAUAUUAAUUUCAAUGUAAAUACCACGAUCUAAUUAGAGUAAUAGAGGCAGAAAUGAAACUUGUCAGUGAAUAGCGCCAGAUUUGACAAAAAACGUCAAAACAUCAUUAAUAAUUUAAGGAAGAAGCAAGAAAUUAUGCAAAUUCUCACAGAAUGUUGGUUCACAAGAGAUAUGAAUUUUUAUGUUCUCUGAACACUCUGAGGGGAAAACACAUGACUUUGAUGCAAUGAAAAUGCUACUUUCCGCAACAGACUAAAGCAAAGAAAAAAAAAGAGAGCAAAAUGACAGAAGAAAUAGACAGUUGACAUUUAUACCUUUACAAUCAAAAUGCGUGCAAAAUGUCAUCUAGAUUUUUUUUCACAAUAAGUUUUUAUUUUAUUCGAUUGUUUCAAAAGCACUUGCGACUUCGCAGUGACAAAAGUUCUGUUUGAGAAAGUACGCUAUAUGAUUUUGCAGUUAGAAAAUAAAACCAGAAACAAAUUCCACUAAUUCUCAUUGUAGUGUGUAGGUGGCACUCAAUAUAAAGUCUCACACUAAAAAAAUAACUCCUCACGUAAAAAAUUUAAUUUCAAAUCAUUUCCACAGACAAACAGAAGAUGCAAAUUGUGAGAAAGAUAUGAGGGAACGUACAAUAAUUGUUAAUAUGUCAUAUUGACAGCAAAAAAUUUCGUCUGGGCUUUGCAAGUAUGUGUAAAAUAAAAAUAGUGAGAGAAUAGUAAAAAAAAAAGCGAAGAAGUCGAGAGGAAGGAGGUUAAAAAAAACGACAUAAGUAAACCAAAGACACAGCAAUUAAUCAAUAUUAUCUAUCAAUAAAUAAAUAAAUAUUAAAUAUUUUAUUUUUUUCAUGUUGAAUUUGUCACCUACUCAACUGCAAAUAGCCAGUUUUACGUAACUACCUUUUUCUUCUAUUUUGUCCCCCCCAAUGUAUAAAAUACAAUUUGAUGGUAGAGGCGUGAAGAGAUGUGUAAAAAAAAGAAGAUGAUGAAUACACAGAAAAAAAUCCACAAGAGUGUGUAAUAGCAAAGAUGGAGAAAAAAACCAACAAAUUUUUCGUAUAAAUAGAAAUAAUUGAAUGAUAGAGUGGAAGAUGAAAUAAAUCUGUAAAUACUGUAGAGGCAAAAAAAAACUAUAAAUACACUUACAUUUAGAGAUAAAAUUAGUGAUCCAAUAUUUGAUUUUAAAAGUGCAUAUACGAGAAAAAAUGCAGAAAAUAAUCAUAUAGAAGAAAUGAAGAAAGAAAAAAAAUAGUGAGAAUGGAACAUAGUGAGGAGCAAAUAAGUUUUUUACCUAAUUUUAAUCAAAAGACGAUAAAAAGACAUGAUAUGGUAAAAAUUUCAGGCGAAAAGAAAUUUAAACAAGAAAAAAAAACAGAACUUUUGACAAAUUUCUUUAUAUAUUUUUUUUUAUUUUAUUAUUAUUUUUUUCUAUUGAAAAUUAUUCUUGUUGUAAUACGAGGUACAAUAAUAUGGAGGAAAAAAUUGAGAAUAAAAAAAAUCUUGUAUAAUUCUUAUAUAUUUAAAAAAAAGUGAAAAAAUGACGAUGAGGUGAGAUGCAAAAAAGAAAUUCCACUUUAAAACACAUGAAAAUUACAAUUAUUAUUAUUACUUAAUUAUUAAUUAUUAUUAUGGUACGAUGUAAAUGGAUUUAGUCGAUUUUCGAUUUAAUAAAAGAGGAGAAAAAAUCAAUUUUAUUAAAAAUAUUUAUGAUGAA